AUGAAACAACAAGUCUCUUUUUUGGCUAAAAAUACUUUUUCCAGAUAAAUCAAUUAAGAUGAUCAAAAUGAAAUCCAGGAUCGAUCAGGUUAUGACAUUUUCAAUAUGGAUGGUUAGAAUAGAAAAAAAGAAAAGCUAUCACCGAUAGUUCGAUCCAAUUCUGGUCAUCAUGAAUCCUUGAUUUUACAAUAUACUAAUCCUCAAUAACUCAUCACUCCUAAAAAUGAGAAUUAUACUUAAAGACUUUAAAUAGUGGCUUAGACUGAUUCAAACAAGCAAACAAAAUCAUUUCGUAAAUUGAUUGUCUAUUUCCAUCAAAAAGACUUCAUUAAAAUGCUAUUAGCUCCACAAAAAUUAACAUCAUCCUUUACACUCAAACAUUUCAAUUUGAUCAAUGAUUUAGGAGCAUCCUUUAAAUAUUAAAUUGGUAGAUAUAAUGAAAACUAAAAAAGCUUGAUUCAUUAAUAUAUAUCACUUAUUGAUAUAAGGAUUUAAUUAAGAUUAAAAUUUAGAACCUUAAAAACCUAAUGCAAACAUCAUUUGUAAUACAUCCUUAAUCAGAUUCCACUAAUUGAACCGAUGAGCAAUCUUAAAUUUUUUUGGGAUUUGAUAUGUUUUGCCAUUAGAAUAUAUUUAAUUGUCAUUAUUCCAAUACUAAUGGCAUUCCACCAUUAAAAUUUAAUUGACAAACAAUAAUUUCCACUAAUUUUCUUUUCGAUUGCUUUAAUUUUCGAUAUCAUUAUAAGGGCAUUUACCGUAACUUAUGACUAAGGAUUACCUGUAAGAGAUCGAUAUUUAUUAUAUAAAAAAUAACUAAAUUUCUCAACAUUAUUGGAAUUAUUUAGUUUUAUUUAUACUAUAAUAAUAAGUUUACAGUCUGAUAACAUUAUAGAAAGAAAUAUAAUUGGGGAUGGUUGGCCAAAAUUUAUAUUAGUUUUGUAGUACAUAUAAGUGGCCAAUAUAUUAAAGUUUAUAGACAUAUCUUAAUACUCUUUCAAGCUAAGCCGAAUGUCCACCUCAAUAGUAGAGUUGAUCAAAUUAAUAACCUUAAUACUGUUGGUUUAGCAUAUUUUCAGUUGCGUGUGGAUUGUAUUUGGUAUUUAAGGUUAAAAUACAUAAUAACAAUCGUGGUUAGACAAAUUUGAACAUGACUAGUGGUCAUAUUAGUUUCUAUAAUCUUUCUAUUUUAUUUGUGUCACUACAUUUACUGUUGGUUAUGGUGAUUUGACGCCAAAAAGUAAUAACAAUCUAAUAGCCUAGAUCCUCCUGAGUAAAUUUUUACCAUCAUUUAUAUGUUUUUAUGUAUGUUGUUGUUUUCAUACACAGUAAACACUAUAGGAAGUAUACUAACACAAAUUAAAGAAAGCAGCGACAAAAUCAAGACAAAACUUACAGCCAUAAAUUAGUAUAUGCACAAUAAGUAGAUUAGUCCUACAUUAUAAUUCAAGUAUUAAACUCAUAUAUUUAAUAGAGUUCGAGAAUAAUUGUACUUCUAUCUUAAAUAAGAAGUUGUUCAAUAGGUGAACGAAUAAUCUGAAAUAAUAUCUAUGUUACCAGAAGAAUUAUAACACAGCCUUAGAACAGAAGCAGCAAAAUCCUUAAUUAAUAAAUGUACCUUCUUUAGUGAGAACUUUUCAAAUGAGAUAUUGAAUUAACUGUUGGAAGAUGUCAAUUUUUAAAUCUUUUAGCCAGGAGCCACAAUUCAAUCAAAAGAUGAAUUCUUCAUUCACAUAAUUGAAUAGGGACAGGUUGAAGUUUUGUAUAAGAAAGUAUUAUUACUAGAUUAUCAAUUAGAAAUCUAUAUAAACUCUGGAAAGGUUUGAUUAUUUUGGACUUGAAGAAUUUAUCACUUAGCAAUAUAACCCAAACUUUGUUUUCAAAAGUAAUGCAUUCACUAGUGUACUAUCUAUUCCUUACUCUCAUUUUCAUAAAAUUCUAUCUUAGAAUGAUCUUGAAAACUAAAAGUUUCACAAUCUAUUAUCUUCCUAAUCAAGUAUCUAAAACUAUUGUUUCAUCUGUAAAACCAAGAGACAUACAACUUAAUUCUGCUCUUAGGUUCAUUUUAUUCCAAAUAGAGAAGUUGUUUUGAAAAGGUAUCUCUUUAGAAAAAAAUAGAAAAAACGAGUUUGGUAGGAAAGAAGAAUUAGGUAAUUGCAAAUGAAUGAUGUCAAUAUAAUAAAUGGAUAAAAUUAACUUAAAUAAAUCUAAUUUAAAAAUGCAUGCUAGAAUUAAAAGAUUGUAGAGUUCUUAGUCAAUAAAUUUUAAGUUGAAAAUUAAAUUGCUUUAGAAACCUUAUUUCCAACAAUUGAAUAACCUAUUAGUGUAGAUAGUCAAUCUGAAUCUGAAAAUGAAGAUCCUGAUGAAGUUAAAGAUCAGAGUUUUUCAUAAUAAUAAUAAUAGAAUUCAAGGAGAGGAAGCAAAUAAAUUCCUCCUAUUUCAUCCAAUGAUUUGUGUUAAUAUUAAAUUUUAGAUAAAUUAAAGAAAGAAAAGUAAAAUAGAUUAAUACUACAUUAAUAACCCUAGUUAUUGAUGUCUUAAUAUGGAUAAAUUAAUACAAACGCUAAUAUUAAUAUUAUUAUGAAAUAGUAACUUAGAAAACUAUUAUUAUGUAAACCUGGCUAGUUUGAAUACUAAGAAUAGAAAGCAUAAAUUUAAGAAUUAAACUUUUUUAAUGAUUUAAAAUAAAAAAUGACUCAUUUACAUUUAUUUCCUAAAAUCGAAUAGGAAUAAAUAGAAUUUUGGUAUAAAAAGAUUGUAAAUCUCAAAGAAGACUUAGUUGAAAUGUAAGAUUUUGAAACAUUGAAAAAUUACGAAAUCUUUAAUAGACAAUGGAAUGCUGAUUUAGUUGUUAAGAAGUUAGGAAUCAAGCAAAAGAAAUUUAGAGGAUUUAAGAAGCUUAAGAGAUAUUUGUUAUUCCCAUAUCUUUAUGUUAAUAAAUACUUAGAUAAAAAGGAUUCCAAUGAUCAAAAUAAACCAGUAGAAAAAUCAAAAAAGAAAAGUAUUUAUCAAAUUUAAAAAUUAGGACCUUCAAGACCCAAGGUUAUCAAAAAGACGAGGGUGAGUCCUAAAAUCUGA